CGUCAUUUCUUGGAUGGUGAAGUGGGUUCUACCGUUUUAGAUCUGGGUUCGUGACUAUCAGUAUACCAGAAACUUGUUAGUACUAGAAACUGAUGUGAUAUUUCCUCAGUUUUCAAAAGCAUAACAUUUCUAAGGACGUCCACAUCACGGUUUAGUAGCCGGAUCGCUCAGAAUAACGGUUACGGUAUUCGUCGGUAUAGGAUCACCGCCAAGCGCCCGCACUGCGCUGAUUGGAAUGAAGAAUGUUUAUCCACGAAGACAAUGCGGGUGCGUGGAACGCCGUGGACGUCCGCGUCGACGAGGACCAGCUGCAGCACGGUCACGUCAUUAACAUCGUGGAGGACGGCCUGAUCAUCGAUUUCGGGUGCACGGCGCAGCGCUCCGUGUGUGUUAAAUAUGGGCGCAUCUUGGACGCAUACAGCGGUCGGCGGUACACGUUCACCAACGUGGCAUACUACGAGGCGGACAGUGAGACGCCAUGGUGCGAUCCAGCGGAUGGCGAGGACGCGCUGGUCCUGCUGCGUUCCACUCCCCACGCCGCCUGGUUGUGGUACCCGGGGAAAGCCGUGUUCCUGUCCGGGUUCUGUUGCGAUGAUGCGGUGCUGGUGCAGGUGCCGUUACCGCACGGGGACAUCGUCACGGAGCUGCUGCCGGAGGAGCAGGUGCGAGACGCCGAUCAGACAGGGCGACGGGAAAUUGUGGAGAAGGACUUUGUUAUUCGCUGCUGUCCCUUGCCAGCGGGCUACUGGCCCGAGGCGUCGGCAUCCCUGACGGAGAAAUUCAAAUUCCACCUGCACAGUCAGCAUGAGGUGCUGUGCACGGCGAUCCUCAGCCAAACGCUGCUGUAUCUCCAGCGUCAGACGGCCGCUCCACUGGAGGCCGCUACGGUGGAACAGUCGUACGCUACGGCCAAGGUUGUUGUUAGCAACAACGCGACCAUACAGCUUUUUCCCACUUCGAGGGUAAUGGCAAAUUCUGCGGAGAAGCAGCGCAAGACGCCUGCCUCGAAGGGCUUGACCCGGUCGUUGGCCUCGCUGCCAAUGAUACUGCAGACAGAAAUCCUGCAGACCCUGGAUACCAUGGAGCGAGUGCGCUGCCGACGGGUCAGUUCCCUGUGGAACACUCUUCUCACCAGCGACGCCUACUUCCCGGAUGUCUGCAUGUCCGGGCGUAAGGCGGGUUAUAUCCAGUACGGCCGGUAUCCCAUGCACUGGCUGGUGGCCUGUAUGAUCAAAUGCCUGGGUAUUCGCACACGGACGGUGGUCAUUCGCCAUCUGCAGCUGUUCGAAUGCCAGAGCACCGCACUACUGAUUACCAAGCUGCGCCAUGCCGUUCGCCUACCCACGCUGGUGUUCGAUCGGUGUCAGUUUAAUCGUGAUGAGGACGGCGAGAACCAUCGUGAGUAUAUGGGGGAGAUUAUCAAGAACACGGUGGGUGCGUUUGCGGCCGCUGACCGCGUGGUGUGCAACAAUUGCCGCCUGGACGAUGGGAAUCUGCAGGCGGAUGUCGCCCUGAAAGCGUUCAGCGCGCAGCCGGAAGCGCUGCUGGAGACGCAGCUGUGGGAUCUGUUGGAGGAGAAUCUCGUUCUCAAGAAGCCGCUGGACGUGCAGUGGGUGACGGAAUGCAUAGCCAAUCAGAGUCGUGAACAAAUUGAGAAGAAAAUAAUCGGCGUCCUCGACAUUUACCAGAGCGUGGAUCCGCGUGUGUCCACGCACUACCGCAGCCGACAGUGGACGGUGGACGAUGCGCUGAAGGAGUUGGAUGUCGGUAAACUAAACCGCGUGGCGACGGUGGCACUAAGCGAAGGCGUCGUGAUCGAUCCUGAUGAAUGAUUUGGACGGACAGAUUCUGGUCCGAUGCUUCCUCUGACAUUUAGAAGCCAAAUUUUUUUCCAAGUUGGUAUAAAAAUCAUUUUAUGCGCGUAGCACCUGGUAGCGG